AUGGUCUCAGACGCGAGCAAGAAGAAGGCAGCUCAGAAGAAGGCGGCUGCGGCGGCGAAGAGAGGAGGGAAAGCGGCCGCCGCGGCGGCAUCGUCGAAGGCGGCGGCGGCUGAGAACUUGGCUAAUGGCGUAGACGCCAUUCAGAUAUCGGAUCGGACUUGUACCGCUGUACUCUGUUCGCACCCUUUGUCCAGGGAUAUUCGGAUAGAGUCUCUAUCACUUACGUUCCAUGGACAUGAUCUUAUUGUUGAUUCUGAAUUGGAACUCAAUUAUGGCAGACGUUAUGGUUUACUUGGAUUGAAUGGCUGUGGGAAAUCUACUCUUCUUAACGCGAUAGGAUGCCGUGAGCUUCCUAUUCCUGAACACAUGGAUAUUUAUCACCUCACCAGGGAAAUUGAAGCUUCUGAUAUGUCAGCACUUCAGGCUGUCAUAAGCUGUGAUGAGGAGAGGUUGAGAUUGGAGAAAGAAGCUGAAGCUUUGGCAGGACAGGAGGAUGGUGGUGGAGAAACUCUUGAACGUAUUUAUGAACGUUUGGAUGCUAUGGAUGCAUCAACUGCAGAGAAGCGUGCUGGUGAGAUCUUAUAUGGUCUUGGUUUUAACAUGAAGAUGCAAGAAAAGAAAACACGUGACUUCUCUGGUGGAUGGAGGAUGAGGAUUGCUUUAGCACGAGCUCUCUUCAUGAACCCUACUAUUCUAUUGCUAGAUGAACCCACCAAUCAUCUUGAUUUGGAAGCUUGUGUCUGGUUGGAGGAAACAUUGAAGAAAUUUGAUCGCAUUUUGGUUGUGGUCUCACACUCCCAGGACUUCUUGAAUGGUGUUUGCACAAACAUCAUCCACAUGCAAAACAAGAAAUUGAAAAUUUAUACUGGAAACUACGAUCAAUAUGUUCAGACUCGUGCCGAGCUAGAAGAGAACCAGAUGAAACAGUACAAGUGGGAGCAGGAGCAAAUUGCUUCAAUGAAGGAAUAUAUUGCACGAUUUGGACAUGGAUCUGCCAAACUAGCCCGUCAGGCACAGAGCAAAGAAAAAACCCUGGCAAAAAUGGAGCGAGGUGGGCUUACAGAGAAGGUUGUGAGAGAUAAGGUUCUUGUUUUCCGAUUUCCUGAUGUGGGAAAGCUCCCUCCACCUGUAUUACAGUUUGUGGAGGUCACAUUUGGUUACACACCUGAAAAUCUUAUCUACAAGAAUCUUGACUUUGGAGUAGAUUUGGAUUCGAGAAUAGCUUUAGUGGGGCCAAAUGGAGCGGGGAAGAGUACACUGCUGAAGCUGAUGACUGGAGAUUUGAUUCCUCUAGAUGGCAUGGUUCGGAGGCACAAUCACCUGAGAAUUGCACAGUUUCAUCAACACUUGGCUGAGAAGCUUGACCUAGAAAUGUCUGCUCUCCAGUAUAUGAUGAAAGAAUACCUAGGAAAUGAGGAAGAAAGGAUGCGGGCAGCAAUAGGGCGGUUUGGGCUCACAGGCAAGGCCCAGGUGAUGCCCAUGAAGAAUUUGUCCGAUGGGCAAAGGAGUCGUGUGAUUUUUGCGUGGUUGGCAUAUAGACAGCCUCAUAUGCUGUUAUUGGACGAACCCACUAAUCACUUGGACAUUGAAACUAUUGACUCACUGGCCGAGGCGUUGAACGAGUGGGAUGGUGGCAUGGUUCUUGUCAGCCAUGAUUUUAGGCUCAUUAACCAAGUGGCGCACGAGAUAUGGGUGUGUGAGAACCAGACUGUGACCCGAUGGGAAGGUGAUAUUAUGGACUUUAAGGAGCACCUGAGGAGCAAAGCUGGUCUGUCCGACUGA